CAUCUCGUGGUCUAAUACGCCAUCUAGCGCAAAUAUAUGGAAACUACUUGACACCCGUUUUAAAGUAGGACUUGGUCUAGGUCUAAUGUGCUGCUGUUGAGCCUUUAUCUUAUUAUUGUUCGUAUAGCCCACUUGCAAUCAACUUGCAAUAAACAUCGUUUUAAGAUACAACUGAUUUAUUCAGAUAUAAAUAUGGGCAGUAGACUAAUAAGCUAACUUGAGCACUGUCGAUGAAAGUCAUUAUCUUCAAGACAUGCCUUUCAUCACAUUGCUAAAUGUAAUUAUCCUAAGGGUUUAUAAGGGCUAUUUAAGGGUUGUAAAAAUCUAAAGGAGAGUACAGAGUACUGGGAUUGUCGACCUAUGUGGGGACACUGUCUGACAGUGUCAAUAGAUUAAUUGACAUGUAAUGCAGACCUUAUGUUUAUUUAUGAAUUAAAAUGGCCUACACUGGUAUUACAGGCUAUCAAUUGGAAACUUGUCAUUUUAACAGCCAAUUUACACAUAAAAAAUAUUGUUAGGCUGCAGUUUUGAAGCAGUUAUCAUUUUACCUGUGUUACCUGGUUUGCGGUCACGUUGACAGGUUAACAUGUUGCACCACUAAUUAGUUGUAAGUGCAACUUGCGGAUAGACAUACAGGAAAUGUUGCACUUAUUAGCGUACUACGUUUAUCAGGAGGCGGCUUAAGUAUGAAGUCGGUAACCUUUGAAUAUUAUGAUAUUGUUAUAUAUAGGCUAUUGGACCUGUCUUUUGUAAACUGGCACAUUAAUGACACUUACUGGUUCUUUCCAGAGGAAGUGGUGGAGGACAACGCCCACAGUGUCUGUCAAUGGAAAAUAUGCAAUUCAUGAUCUACUGGAACAUAUUCCAACAGUCUUAACAUGUCUUGUUUUAAGUGGUCAUUACAUUUAUUUUAUAUCAGAGUUUGCCUAGAGGAAAAGCUACAGUAAAUGAUACUUAUCCAUUUGAAGAUGCUAUUUGCGAGUGUCAGAUAGGGAGCAGAUCUCUUCAAAACAGGCUUCCACGUGGUUUCUUGGUUCCAUCUGUUAGCUAUUACUGGGAAAAAGGAUAAUGGCGUUACAUUUGUAUAUUGUGACUGAGUCCUCUAGUAUGUUUCCAAAAUAUAUAGUUCAUAUAAAUGAAGCACUAUCUUUUAAGUAGGUUUAUUUGGAGCACAUACAAAGGUCAUAUUUUAAUGGACUGGAUAGGAAAACAUGUUGAUUGGUGUAGCCAUAGCACAAGCUGAUGUACAGGGAUCUUGGAUCAUGUGGAGAAAGGGUAUUUUCCUCCUCGUAGUGACUUACUUGACAAUGUGUUUUCAAAGUGAAAACGUUUGUUAACUUUUCACUGGAAAAGAGAGGAGUGUUAAGACAAAAAUGUUGAGAAAAUGUGUCUUUGAAAAAGAAAGUUAGUAUGUAUUGCCACAGACAUUUUGCCCACAUACAUGACUGUAAGUUAAGUGUAAGUGAAAUGUGAAGUCAUAUGUGCUGAGUUUUGUACAUGGUUGAAACACCAUUGUGUUUGUGAAUCCACUCCAGCAUCUGUCAAAGGGAGAUUUUUCAUUAUAAUCCCCACCUGGCACGAAGUACAAACACUGCAAGGCACCAAGCUAUCUCUAAACCCAACCGUAUAGCCGUGCCGGCCUCUCUCACAACAAUUGAACAGGUGCUCAUCUGAAUGUGUCAUCGUAAAGCCCUGCCACUACGUGGAAAUCCGUCAACUUUUAUCUAUGAACGUUCUGAAUGCACCAAAUGCAACUGUAAAGGACUGAUUUUAUUGAUGCAUAUCUUGAUUUUACGGAAUAUGUUAUGGCUGGAUAGAGUGUGGAAGUUUGAUUGUUCUCUUCCACACCAUACUGUACAUAUCCAGUACAUGAUAAUUAAAUAUCAGUGUACUGAUUACCUGGAGAUAAAAAGAAAUUGGACCGUAAAAUCCAAUUCAGAGCUGAAGAUAUUCUCAAAUCUGAUAUAGUAAAUGAGAACAUACCAGCCAUGGUGAGAAUCACUUUUACUUUGGUUUGAAUUAGAUAGGUCUCAGAGAGUACUGUUAUUCUGAGCCAGUCCCACAGCAAUAAAGUGAUUCAUCGGCUAGAUUGCAUUUUAACAGGAUGUUGAUUGAGAGCAUAAGCCAUAUUGAUUUUCCUGAUGGAAACAGGAAAUAGCCGAGUUAGAAAUAAAAUUAUUUGUUGUUCCCGGUGUGAGGAGGCCCAGAGGACUGGCAGGCAAUUGCACACUGAUGAGUGGCACUGCCCCCAAAACACCUCCCCUCCAUCCUGUCCCCUAUGGAGACCUGGGAGAGACGUCAUCUGUGGUUGUUAUGCCGCGAAAUGACGCCUGCGCUGACUCCCCACCCCCUGUUACUGCAACUUAGCUCCAGUGAUCCAUCAGGGAAGAAGGACUACUACCUCUGCUGCAGCAUAUUCUACAUGAAGAUGGACCCCCAAUCAGUUCAUGUAUCAAUAAGCAGUGGGAUGGGAUUUCAGUCCAUGGAUUUGUUUUCCUUGAUCAUUGGGGCAGCCUAAUGACGGGAUUUGACAGGUCACAGGAACACUUUAUAGGAUGAUAAAGGAUUACCUCUUAUGAAUAAUUAUUUUCAAAUUUCAAUAUUGAGAAAAUGUUGGAAUGAUUUCCUGCUCAUCUAUGUUUGCUUGGCUAUGUUUUGUCUCCAAGGUUGUCUUGUCAGUAGGAGGAAAGAUGUCCCCAUCCCCCUGCAAACACGUACAAACCAAGCCCUCCUUUCCUCUCCUCCUCCAUUCCCUCCCUUCCCUCUAACACACACUCACACUCUGGAGAAACACGUCACUGAGCUUGGGGACUCAGCGGCUCAUUAAGGAGAAGGAUGUGAUAUUCUCAAUCGAGACUGUGAGACUCCCAGCACGCCUAUUUAUAGAUGCAAUAUCUCUAUGGCAGUCACUGUGGCGUUGGCUAAUCGCAGCCGUGGCCCCAGACGCCAAUUAAGAAUGAAACAAAUGCUUUUUAGGUGGGAUCUGCCCCUCCCUUCUGCUAAGGUCCUUCCGUCCGCCACAAUGCCUGGUGGGGGAGCGGAUCUGCUUGGAACGUAUUCCUGCAUCAGGUCGGGAUACAAGGAGGGCAGCAUGCAGAGUGCAGUCAAAGCCCUGCCGUGGCUAUUUUUAAAUGCACCCCUCUGGAGAGCAAGAGCUAGGUUUCUUAUAAUGUGGUUGUUUUCAUAUGUUUGACUCUGGGUCUGGGAUGUCCGUGGAUAUGUUGAAUUGCUGUGACUCAUAGGGCAUAAAGUUCCACCAGGUUAGAAGAGUGAUGACCAUCCUGUUCCUUACUAUGGUUAUUUCGUACUUCAGUUGCAUGAGAGCUGCUCCCAUGAGAGACGCCCCGGGUAUAAGGGGCCACCGAACGGAAGGCUACUUGGGUGCUGCAGUGACGGUCGGCCAGGGCCACGGGACUCCACAGAGCGGGGGUGGGCCGGGCCAGCAUGGGGGACUGCCCUCGCUCACAGACACGUUUGAGCAGGUUAUUGAGGAGCUCUUGGAGGUGGAAGGAGAAGCAUCUCAACUGGGGCCUGGGGCUGACAAGGGCCAGGGAGGAGGGGGUCCUUCCUCUCUGGUCACCACGGAGACCAAGGAUGUCGACCUGUAUGCAUCGCGGGUGAUGAUCAGCAACCAAGUGCCUUUAGAGCCACCGCUGCUUUUUCUCCUGGAGGAAUACAAAAACUACCUGGACGCCGCUAACAUGUCCAUGAGGGUACGGCGGCAUUCUGACCCGUCGCGGCGUGGAGAGCUGAGUGUGUGUGAUAGUAUUAGCCAGUGGGUGACAGCUGUGGACAAAAAGACAGCAAUAGACAUGUCUGGGCAGACCGUUACCGUCCUGGAAAAGGUCCCUGUCCCCAAUGGCCAACUGAAGCAAUACUUUUAUGAGACCAAAUGUAACCCUAUGGGGUACACAAAGGAGGGCUGCCGUGGAAUAGACAAGAGGCAUUAUAACUCCCAAUGCAGGACAACCCAGUCCUACGUGCGAGCGCUCACCAUGGAUAGCAAAAAGAAGAUUGGCUGGCGGUUUAUAAGGAUAGACACAUCAUGUGUAUGCACAUUGACCAUUAAAAGAGGAAGAUAGUGUAUAUAAUGUAUAGAUUUUAUUGAGAGUUUAAAAAAGAGAGUAAAGAGAAAAUAUCUAUUUGUAUAUAUACAUAACAGGGUAAAUUAUUCCGUCAAAUGAAAAUUUUAUGGACUGCAUGUAAAAAAAGAUGACGUUUAUACAGUAAAAGUGAUACUACAGUCUAUUUAUUGAACAUAUUCAUGACCUUGUAAACAAUUAAAAAAAGAUCUGAUCAGUCAUUUGCGCCCAGUUUAAAUUACUAUAUCACAUUCCUCAAGACAUUGUGGUUUGUUUACGUUGCCAAGAAUGUGAGAAAGAAGGAAAAGAGUGAUGAGGAUGAGGGAGAGGGUGAGGACGAGUUCCAUAAAAAAAACUUGCAUGCUG